GACAGACAAUAUGCUGCCUGCUGUUGUCAAGCUCUGCUGUGGAAUCUCCUACCCUCACCUCAGGAGCAUGGCAGGACUUCAACGUACAGCUGUGGCAGUGAUAGGCCAGGAGAUAACCCAUUUUCAGAGAUGGAGACAGAUGCUACCCUGCAUAGGAAAACAACUUGGAUUAAGUUAUAAUGAUACCAAACCAGAGCAGUCAGAAGAUGAGCUGUUUUACCUUCAACAAGGCCAAGAAGCAAUGAAGAAGGCCCUCAGUAUUUUAGAUGACAAAGACGGAUGGAGAGUUGAGAUUGCAGAGAGUAAUGGGGAUGUAAUCUGCAGCAAAAUGGUGCCUGGUGUGAGGAAGGUCUUCAGGCUGGAGGCGGACCUCGAGGCCAGCGUGAAUGAACUCUAUGACCUCUUGUUUGUGAGAGUGGAGGAGAUGCACCUAUGGAACCCGAGCAUACAGCAAAUUAAAAUUCUUAAACAGAUCGGACCCCAAACAAUGGUCACUCAUGAGGUGUCUGCCGAGACAGCGGGAAACCUGAUUGGCCAGAGGGAUUUUUUAAGCAUCAGGCACAGCUGCAAACAAGAGUCAAGAGUUUAUCUUGGAGGAGCAGCCAUUCAACUGGAGUCCUUUCCACCACAGGCAGGCUAUGUCAGAGCUGAAGAUGGACCAACCUGCAUCAUCAUCCAGCCUCUGGAAAGGGACACAAGAAAAAGUCACUUCACAUGGCUCCUUAAUGUGGAUGUCAAGGGUUGGCUGCCAACAUCUCUUGUUAAUCAGGCUCUACCCCGGGCACAGCUUGAUUUCACCAAACAUCUCCGCAGACGUCUGGCAGCAAGUGCUACCCUGGGCUGACUCUGUCUGUGUGAAUCCCACGUGGCUGCAGCAGUCAUCACCUUGGGGAGCAGUAUAUAAUGGAGAAAUAGUAAUAUCCUGGAUGCUUAACUGAGUGACGCCCUUUCUAACAUGAGCAAAGACGCUCCCUGGAGGACAUGCUCGACCACCGCACCCAGUCAGGAGCUGACAGGAGAAUCAGCGACCCAGUGCCAGUCUGGUGGGAAUAAGCUGGUUUAUUAUAGGAAUUACUGCCACAGCGUGCAGCUGAAAAUCAUUCUGAUUUUCUGAUUAGGAAUCCUGAUUGAUACUGAUGGAAUACAAAGUCCCUGAAAAUGACUGGAAAAAGAUAAUAAAGUACUUGACUGUGCCUGACUC